AUGGAUAGCUACACAGCUGAAAAUGAAACGAAAAGCAUAGAAACACAAAUCGCUCCACCUAGCGAAAAUGAAGAAGGUCUGCUAGAGGGACAAGUCAUUGAAGAACCGUCUCCAAUUCUAACUGGUAAAACAGGUUCUCGAGUAGAAGCAGGAUCAAAAAAUAAAAAAGCAUGGAUAGAAGCACUAGCCGCAGCUGUUGCAGAGAUCCGAAAAGUCCAGGAAACAAUAACUUCUGAUUCCAUCAGUGACUAUGAAGCCUUUGGCAAGUUCAUUGCAGCCAGUUUAAAUAAACUGCCCGCUGGUGAUUCAAUCAUGGCGCAAGCUCCGGAAUGACAAACCGGAUUGUUGUUGGGAUGUAAACAAAUCCCCGAGGCGGAAAUUUCGAGAUUGAAUUGAUUUCUUGACGGUGGAAGAUCUAGCAUGGGAUGGAAGCAACCGAGUUAUUUAUGAAAAUAUGUGGAGAUGAUACUAAAAUUAUUUUGGAUUAUAAAAUAGAUCAGGAUGGAUUAUGUUUAAUUGAUUGAGAAAAACAACGGAUACAAAUUAAAAA